GAAAUCUUCUCUGCAUCGGCGGCAAGCGUCUGCCUCAGUGACGACGGCAGCUCCGAUGACGAGUUCUUCCGUCUUUUCAUUCUCCCCUCUUCAGUCCAAAAGCGCAGACCUAAGCAGGGAGGGUCGAGCGCAGGAAAACGCGCAGGAAAAGCUCGAGAUCGUGCCGAAUGGGGAGCCAGACUGAUGGACGAUUACUUUGGACCAAACCCGACGUACGAUGAACAUGAUUUUCGCCGCCGAUUUCGUAUGCGUCGAAGUUUAUUCGAGACUAUUGUCAACACACUCGUAGGUGACGAGUACAGUAACUACUUCGUUCAGAGACAUGACGCUACAGGACUUCCUGGUUUCUUACCAGAGCAAAAGGUGACGUGUGCGCUGCGGAUGCUCGCGUACGGCGCAAGCGCCGACCAAAUGGAUGAGCUCAUACGGAUUGGUGAAUCAACAGCACUAGAGACUUUGAAGAUAUUUUGUGCCAGUAUUAUUCGUCUGUUUGGUGAUGAAUAUCUUCGAAAACCUACACGAUAUGACAUUGAGGUGCUUUUAGACGAGAAUGCUGCUCGUGGGUUUCCUGGAAUGAUUGGAAGUUUGGAUUGCAUGCAUUGGUCUUGGAAGAACUGCCCAACAGCUUGGGCAGGCGUUUACAGAGGUAAAGAAAAGGAGUCAACAGUAAUAUUGGAGGCUGUUGCUUCUCAAUCCCUUUGGAUAUGGCAUGCAUUCUUUGGUGUGCCAGGCUCUAGCAACGAUUUGAAUGUUUUAGAACGUUCUCCACUUUUUGACAACAAUAUCAAUGGCGAGGCAGCUCAAGUUUAUUUUGAAGUUAAUGGAGCUAUCUAUGAAAUCCCGUACUAUCUUACCGAUGGUAUCUACCCUCCCUGGGCUAGCUUUCAGCAAAGCAUCAGUAAUCCGAUCUGCUUAAAGCGAAAGUUAUACGCUGCUAUGCAGGAGAGCGUCAGAAAAGAUGUCGAACGUGCUUUCGGUUGCCGAGGCAAUGGGUGA